AUGAAAUUAAGGGGGUUUGGAGAUGAUGAGAGUGGGGAAAGGGGAGAGCAAGGGAAUAGGAAUCAUUUGUGGCAGAGACAGAGGGUUUUAAGUAAAGCCUGGCAAGGCUCUGGUUCCAAAUACAACCCCCACAACAGAAAUCUCGACCAAAUUUUCAAAUAAAUCUCGAACAAGUCCUAGUCAUCUUUUGUUAAGCAAUCUGAUGAAACCUCAAAACCUCAAGGAGGAACGUAAAGAAAAGAAAAUGAUACAACCCUUCUGAACAGAAGAUAGUAUGCAGCCCAGCGCUGUGUUCGAAGGCUUCAAAAGAUCCAGGAUUAACCCAUAUAUUAUGAAAGAUAAGAGUAGAUAUAGUAAAUAAAAAUGAUUUCAUGGAAAUAACUACUAAAUGAAAAGCCUCAGAAUUCAGGAAUAAAAUAAUGAACAAGGCUAGGUAUAGAUCCCAAGAUCAGAGGAAACCCUUUCAGUACGAGGAUAAUCUAAUAUGAGGAAUCGAGAGCAGCGAUACUUUGUAUUACAAAGGAGCCGAUCGCAUGAGCAGUAAUAUUAGCAAUAAAAGAAGCAUCUCGUUAAGCAACCUUUCAGAAAAGAUCAAUAGCGCCAGGUUAAAAGAUAACAGAAGGAAAAUUAGAUGAUUUGAGAACUCAGAAUCUGGUAUGUAGAACCUAGAAUUCAUAUCCUUGAAGAAUGAUUAGUGCCUGG